UGAUUGGCUGCUCUGCGAGACGCAUAGGCUGUAAUGAAGACAGAAAGCUGCACAUUCCAAGCAGUGCAAACUUGUGGUGAGGAGCUGAAUGUUGAAAUCAGUGGAGCAAGCUUCAUGAAUCAGCACUCCUUAUAACACAUUAUGUGCACAGAGAACUGAAAGAGAGGUGAAUUAAAACAGAGAGAGAACCUGGCUAGUCUGGAUAAUGAAAAAACAGAGACAGGUACUGAUAUCUUCGAGGCGUUCUUGUUUCUAAAGCAGAGGGCACAAUAAAACUAAACACUGUUUUCUAUAAAGGCUGAUCCUCAGAGUGAAGCUAAAAGUCCAACAGUGCAGAACAGAGAAAAGUAACUUUGCCAUCUACAUACAAGACUUUCCAACAGCAAAGAGACCAAAGGAAAAUGGGACAGAGAGAUAUUUCAAGCAAGACUUGCUGGAACUUUUGCAGUGUGUUUCUCCCACUGAGCAUAGGACUGUUUGCCUGUUGUGUUGCGAUGGAAGUGGAGGAAUCCAGCUGGCAAGCAGACAGUCGCUUUUACAUCAAGCCACCACACUGCGUGGAUAUUCCUUUUGCCCUGAGACUUUGCAAUAACGUAGGUUACCACAAGAUGAGCCUGCCCAACUUGCUGGACCACGAGACCAUGGAGGAGGUGCAGCAGCAGGCCAGCAGCUGGGUGCCUCUGCUGAACAAGAACUGUCACCCCAACACCCAGCUCUUCCUGUGUUCACUCUAUGCUCCCAUCUGCCUGGACAGACCCAUCUACCCGUGCCGCUCACUCUGCACGGCAGUCCGAGAUGCCUGCACACCUGUCAUGGAGUUCUUUGGCUUCCCCUGGCCGGACAUGUUAAAGUGCGACAAAUUUCCACUUGAUAAUGACUUGUGCAUCGUCUUUCCAAAUCCGAAUGCCACUCACUCGACCAACUCGCAAGCAGCAUCAGAAGUGUGUCCACCUUGUGACAAUGAGAUGAAUACAGACAUUAUUCUGGAUCACCUCUGUGCAAGCGAAUUUGCUCUAAAAAUGAAGAUCAAGGAAGUCAAGAAGGAGAACGGAGAUCGGAAAAUCAUACCACAGAAGAAGAAAAAGCCUCUGAAACUGGGACCACUCAAGAAAAAGGACCUGAAGAAGCUGACCUUGUACAUUAAGAAUGGGGCAGACUGCCCUUGCCACCAGCUGGACAAUCUCAACAGUAACUUCCUCAUUAUGGGCCGCAAGGUGAACAAACAGAAUCUCCUGACGGUUAUUCACAGGUGGGACAAAAAGAGCAAGGAAGUCAAAAAAGCUGUGAAGAAAAUGAAGACUCAUGUUUGUCCAACAUUCCAGGGGGUCUUCAAAUGAUUAUCUGCUUUGUUCUUUAAUCAAACAACAACAGUUGAACUUGCACAUGCUUUUUUAAAAAAAAAUUAAACUGAUUUUUUUCUAUAAAAUAGGAUGCCUUUUUGAAUUAUGAUUUUCCACUUUUAUUUAGAACCUGUGUGUAAUGAAAAUGAUUCUUUAUUUCUUUCUGUUAAUCAAUACAAUAGCAUAGAUUAUUAAGCCAGAAAGAGAGAAAUUUAAAAGGGAGGUAUGAGGAUGUAUUCUGCAGCUUUUUUGCUAAUUAAAUGGCAUCCAAAAAUGUUCAGACAUCUAGAAAGGGAGUCAUAAUUAAAGUCCUUCCAAAGUGUGAAUGGAUUGAAUUAAGAGUUAGGAAUGAUAUUUGGAAAAUAACAAAAACUGAUUUAGCCUUGACCACCCCCACAUCCAAUUCCUGAAUAAUCUCCUGAGAACUACAAGAGACAAAAAGCACAGGCUUGAAAAAUUUUAUUGAGCAUUACAUUCUUGUCCACACAGUGAGUAAUUGGCCAAGAUUACAGAGUGCUGGGUUCCCCUGGAAAUUUCAGGUCUGCUCAAGGACUCUGGGUGUACACAGUGUUGGCAAAAAAAAACACUGGGCUUCUGCCCAAAAUGCUGAACUGAAAAUGUUCACUGUUACAGAUUAGAAUUAACAUCUGAUCAUCACUUUGUCCUUCAGCACAAUUGCAUGAUAAAAACUCCAUGAAAGACUUAUCAAAUUUCACGUGCUGUAGAAAUUGGACUAUUGCCAAAGACUCCCAUCUCCUUCUGGCACUGCAGCUUCAUACUUAACAGACUGACAGCUUUGAACUGCUCGAAUAUUCACCCAGCAUUAAGAAGUUAUUUGGGGAAAAAAAAGAGCCUUUUGUAAUGGACAAAUUAGGAAACUUAGGAGAAGAUUCAGUAAGUACUAAGUUUUGUUCUUUGUAGUUUUGAAAACAUGAGUUAGGAAGGUUGUAAGUUGCACGCUUAAGGUAGAGCUUCAUUGCUGUUGGUGUUUGCCACAAGAUGAUUUUCAUACUGGAACAAAAUAGUUUUGUAAAUUACAAUCAAACAUCAGCAGCUUCUUCAUUUCUUUUGUUUAUUCUUUUGUGCUUUUAUAAUCAUUUAUGAUUUUUCUUACAGAUUUACAUUCGCUCAGUAAAACAAUGGUACGAUGAUGUUUCUAUAUCACACUGAUUUAUUUUCAUCUGUUUUAAUUAAUUCAUUUACUUAAAGUUACGAUGAUUAAGGCCGUAGAGACAGCUUAAAGAUGUAAGUGUGUUGCAUUUUUUGAUCUAAGUGCACUGUGAAUGUUUCAUUCUGCCAUGACAAAGUAUCUGGAGAAGUAUUGCUUUCAACUGACUUAAUUUUACUUAUUUCAAACAGUUUGGAUAAUUGUAUGGAUUAAAGAGCUGCUUCCUUUGUAGUUCCUUGUAAUUAGACCCGCUUUUUGAAAAUAAAUUGGUUCAAAAAUU